CGCAGUGAGGAGGACCCAGGGGGUGGAUACCGGAUCCAAGCUUGUAGUUACCCGGUGCAGGCCCCACGCAGAGCCAGGCAGGGACAACGGCGCCGACUCUGCCACAGGAACUGGGACGGCCCCUACAGUCUCCGGUCUCCGCCCCUCCACCCCGCCCUGGCCACGUGGUGGGCGUACCCGGGCGGUUUUGAGAUAGCGACCUCGGUGGACCCUGAGACCUGGCCACAGUUCCGAGAGGGCCCUGAGAGAGGAGAGCACGCGACGGAAACCUGGAGAGAGCAAGCCAGCACGCGGCACCAUGACCACCAAGGGUCCCGAGUCCGAGCACCCCUCCGUGACGCUCUUCCGCCAAUACCUACGCAUCCGCACUGUGCAGCCCAAUCCCGACUAUGGGGCUGCCAUUGCCUUCCUUGAGGAGAGAGCCCACCAGCUGGGCCUGAGCUGUCAGAAAGUAGAGGUGGUGCCUGGCUAUGUGAUCACUGUGCUGACCUGGCCGGGCACCAACCCUACACUCCCCUCCAUCUUGCUAAACUCCCAUACAGAUGUGGUACCUGUCUUUAAGGAGCAUUGGCAUCAUGACCCCUUUGAAGCCUUCAAGGAUUCCGAGGGCUACAUCUAUGCCAGGGGUGCCCAGGACAUGAAAAGUGUCAGCAUCCAGUACCUGGAGGCUGUGAGAAGACUGAAGAGUGAGGGCCACCACUUCCCUAGAACCAUCCACCUGACCUUUGUGCCCGACGAAGAGGUUGGAGGUCACAAAGGGAUGGAACUGUUCGUGAAGCGGCCUGAGUUCCAGGCUCUGCGGGCAGGCUUUGCCCUGGAUGAGGGCCUGGCCAACCCCACCGAUGCCUUCACUGUCUUUUAUAGUGAACGGAGCCCUUGGUGGAUCCGGGUUACUAGCACUGGGAAGCCAGGCCAUGCCUCCCGCUUCAUUGAAGAUACAGCAGCAGAGAAGUUGCAUAAGGUUAUAAGCUCCAUCUUGGCAUUCCGGGAGAAGGAAAGGCAGAGGCUGCGGGCGAACCCUCACCUGAAGGAAGGGGCCGUGACUUCUGUGAAUCUGACUAAGCUGGAAGGUGGUGUGGCCUAUAAUGUGGUCCCUGCUGCCAUGAGUGCCAGCUUUGACUUCCGGGUGGCACCAGAUGUAGACAUGAAGGCCUUCGAGAAGCAGCUGCAGAGCUGGUGCCAGGAAGCGGGCGAGGGGGUCACCUUUGAGUUUGCUCAGAAAUUUACAGAGCCCCGAAUGACACGCAUUGAUGAUUCCGAUCCCUGGUGGGCAGCUUUCAGUGGAGCCUGCAAGGAAAUGAACCUUACCCUGGAGCCGGAAAUCUUUCCUGCUGCCACUGAUAGCCGUUACAUCCGAGCGGUGGGGAUCCCGGCUCUGGGCUUUUCACCCAUGAACCUCACGCCCGUGCUGCUACAUGACCAUAACGAACGACUGCAUGAGGGUGUGUUUCUCCGCGGGGUUGACAUAUAUACACGGCUGAUCUCUGCACUUGCUAGUGUGCCUUCCUUGCCUGGUGAAAGCUGAGCCCCCUGCCUCCCAACCCUUGCAGCUUUCAGCCCAACCACUGCCAAGGAUCAGUUGCCCUGCCCAGUAAUAAAGCCGGUGUUGA